AUGAGCUACGAAUCAUUAUCGAAUCUUUUGGGAAGUUUGGAGUUCUUGUACGCUAUGAGCGAGCCUACUGCAGGCCAGAUAUCUCCGCGGCAGAGGCGGCAGUAUGUGCGGCAAGAGCACAUUCGAUUCAUUGAAACUCGCUUCCGCAUUUUUGACGAAUACCUGGUUACGAGGAGGCCUGAGGGUUUUCUCGAAUUCAUCAAGCUCUUGCCUGAUGAAUUUGAGGACCUUUACGAAAGAAUAGGAAGUGGGUUAGAGCAUCCUCGUACCCAUCUUGGUCCAGUAACCGGCCGUCACAGACUGAUGAUCUACCUCAGAUUUGUAACGCAGAGGAGGACUUUCACCGCUUAUGCUUUGGACAUAGGAAUGGGGAAAACAACAGUAUCGAAUGUGGUAGAGGAAGUGGCAGAAGCCAUCAUAAGGGUUCUGCAUAAUGUUGCUUUUCCACCUCUAACACGUGCGAGACUAGAGGAAGUAGCCAGAAAGACACAGGCACGGUUUGACUACCCCAGGGCAGUGGGGUUCAUGGACGGCAAGCACAUAAAUAUCCAGAAGCCCGCCCGCUCUGGAAGUAUGUACUGGAACUACAAGCAUUACCACUCGAUCAUUCUCCUGGCAAUAUGCGAUUGUGAUUAUCGCUUUAUGGCGUACGACGUUGGAGCUCCUGGUCGCCGUGGUGAUGCUGGCGUGUUCCGGAAUUCCGCUAUCAAGAGAUGGCUGGAACGUCACGAUGACGUUUUUCCUCCCACGAGAGGGCUUGGGAGAGUGGGCCCUGUCCAAUAUCAUUUCCUGGUGGACGGCGGCUUCGCUCAAGGGCCGCGAUUUAUCCGACCGUAUAGAGAGCCCGAAACGACUACAGGAGAUAGAAGGCGAUUCAACCGACAAUUAAGCGGAGCUCGGCAUAUGAUAGAAUCCACCUUUGGUUUGCUGGCCCAGCGUUUCCAAAUUUUGAUGACGCGGAUGACCUUGACUCCAGAGCGAGCAAAGCGGCUGGUUGUUUCCCUCAUGAUCCUUCACAACAUGCUUCCCCGAAGACAGGACAGCUUGGCAGAAGUGGAGAGAUUUAGACCUGCACAAAACGCGUACCAUCCACUGAGGAACACGGAUCUCCUACCAACAGGCGGUGCUGCGAGAGAUCUUAUAACACAAUACUACGUUGAUUUAUACGGUCAUGAAAGAUGA